AUGGCGCGGAGAUUGUCUGAGAUGGCCGAGCAGGCUGUCCUGGAAGGAGGGAAAUCCGCGCGCAAGAACAUAGAACAGGCGGGGUUCUCAGACGAGUUGAAGAGACAGCUGGAAGAAAGAGUCGCCGCCGCGGCCUUCAAAGACGAGUAUCCAGCGGCUCACUCGAUACUCGAUAUGCCCGAGAGCGCAGGGGAAGGCACUCGAGCGACAGCCCUCGGCGAGGCCUGGACAGGAACGGAGAACAUGCACGAUUCCGCCCUCCGCAUGCUAGACGACAGCGCAAGGAAACCGAUCCGCACGCCCUACAAAAUCCCCAGUCCCGUCCAGACCAACCCCGUCGAUAUGCGCAUUACCCCCAAGCCGAAGCUGUCGCCCGGCCACCGUCUCGCCCACGCCAAGGACCAGAUCGGCACAUACAGUUUGAGCCAGAGCCCGGGGGUCUCGGAGCAGGAGCGCCAGGCUAUGCGGAAGGAGAUGCAAGAGCGGUUUACCCCCGGGGCUCGGCCGAUGCCUAUGUCUAUCCAGGGUCUGGCGUCGCUUGCGAACGAGCAGAUCGAGGAUGCCAUCAAGCGCGGCCAGUUCAGUUCGAUCAAGAAGGGCCGCGGCGUCAACACCCAGACCGACCACAACGCUAACAGCGCGUACAUCGACACCACCGAGUACUUCAUGAACAAGAUGAUCCAGAAGCAGGAGCUUGUGCCGCCGUGGAUCGAAAAGCAGCAGGAGCUGGCAAAGGAGGUGGACCGGUUCCGCCGGCGCAUCAGGACCGAGUGGCGGCGUCACGCCGCCCGGUUGAUCGCCAGCAAGGGAGGCACGCUGGAUGCUCAGAUGAGGCGUGCCGACGCAUACGCCGCCGCAGAAGCCCGAGUAGCAGAGCGAGCCGCCAUCGCCAAGUCAUUUCGUGACGAUAGCGACACCGAGACCCAUCCUUCACCAUCCCCUUCCCCCACCGAAACCAAACAAGAAGACACUCCCCAAUCAGAAACACCAUCCACACCAACAACCGAAGAAAAAGACAACCAACUCCCCCAUCUCGAACCCCUCCGCGACCCGAACUACCUCGCCAUCGAGCGACCCUACCACGAACUCACAAUCAAAACCCUCAAUGACGCCACCCGCACAUACAAUCUCCAAGCGCCGCCCGUCUCGCGGAAGCCGUAUCUCAACCUCGAGCGAGAGCUCAACGCAUGCUACGCUGAGGUCGCGCCGAGUCUAGCGGAAGAGAUUAAACGGCGUGCGCUAGAGAAAGCCCGCGGUCCGGUAUCGUCGGGUCCUCAGGCUGCUGGGAUUUUGGAAUCGCUGGGCACGGCGCAGACGGCUCAGGUUUAUGAUGAAGAUGUUUCUAAGGGGUAUGGGGUUAAGGAUCUCUUGCGGGAUUGGUUUUCGGGGAAGAAGGGUCGGGGUUGA